CAUGGGUUUUGGCCACCUCCUCCAUAUUAUUUUAUGCCUUUAGCCUUAUAUUCCUACUCUCUUUACCUGGCUUGCUCACUUCUGCCUAAGUUCUUUACUGACCAGUUCAUUCUAGUGAGAGAAAAUCAUGAAGGCCUUUAAUUGGUUGAACAAGAUAUUUCACCACAACAAUAUUGCAAACUAUAGCCACAUUCUCCAAAGAAAAGAUGUUUUCUCUGUCGAAGCGGUAGAAGAGAAGGAAGAGAGAAUACGCGAGAGCGUCACGGAGCGCGACACUGAAGCCUUGCUGCUCCACGACGUGCUGUUCAACGGGAUCCUUGCGAUCGGCACAUUCGGCCACCGCUACCCUCUUCUCGCCCCUGAAGAAGAGAUGAAAUUAGAUCAGGAAGAGAAGGGAUCAGGAGCGGAAAAUUAUCAUGAAGUUCCUGGAGCUACAGUGCUUGUAGUAGCAGCUAAUAAACCACCUGCUGCCUCGUUCAACAUGAAGUCACCAACAGAUGGCAAGGAGAUGCUGACGGAGGUGGUGGUGCUCAGAGCAGAGGCUGGGGAGGAUGCGACGAAGCUUCAGGAGAAGCCGCUUCUGGAAACGGAGGAAGAGGUGGCUGCGGAGAAGCCGAGGACGACGCUCGCCGAUCUCUUCGCCGCAGACGCGCUUUUCGUGGACGGUCCGGCGAGGGAGAGUGUCAACGGAGAUGAUGACGACGAUUCGCCGGAGGGAAUCUCAAAGGACGCGUGUUGCGCAGACAAGAAGCAGAGCAAGAAGAAAGAGGAGAAGCCCCUCCAGGCAGCUUCUUCGACCAAAAGGAAACUGCAGCGAGUGAUGAGGAAGAUGAUGAGGAAGAAGAUCCACCCUGAACAGCUCAACGGAGGGCGUAGUCUUAAGGGGAUACCGAUGAUGGUCAGAGGUGAUGAAAAUGUGGGACAUGGCAUCAGUGCUGGAACUAAUUAACACGCAGAGCAAUUAAAUGCGUGGUGGGUUAUAAUUAAUGCAUCUUCUACCUUGCUUUUAGCUCAUGAACCAAUUAAUUCCAUUUCUUGUGAAGCUAGUAUUUUGUAUGUUACAAGAACCUGUAGUUUAAUUGUGUCAUUCACAAUAAAAUUGUUUUUUUUUCUUUAUCA